CGGUGUGACAUUGUAUGUGAUGCUAGUUGGUGCAUAUCCUUUUGAGGACCCUGAUGAACCAAAAGACUUCCGGAAGACAAUACAAAGAAUUCUUCAAGUCCAGUAUUCUAUUCCAGAUAAUAUCCAAAUAUCUCGCGAAUGUCGGCACCUAAUCUCGAGGAUCUUUGUUGAAGACCCCACAAAGAGGAUCACCAUUCCUGAGAUAAGGAACCACGAGUGGUUUCUAAAGAACCUCCCUGCAGACCUCAUGGACGAAAAGACGAUGAGCAACCAGUAUGAAGAGCCUGAUCAACCCAUGCAGAGCAUUGAUGCAAUCAUGCAAAUAAUUUCCGAGGCUACCAUACUGCCAGUUGGCCUGUACGAUCUAGACCUGGACAUGGAUGAUGACAUGGAAGAUUUGGACUCAGAUCCUGAUCUUGAUAUCGACAGCAGUGGAGAGGUCAUCUAUGCAGUCUGAUUACAAUUUCUUUCUGGAGCUUCAGAAAUCAGUUUCCUCAGCUAUGAGUGAACAUUCUGGUCUCUCGGGUUUGUAAUGAAAGUUGAGCUUUACAAUGCAUGAUAGAAUAUCUCAUAGAUAUCCUAGUGAUCACGGUAUGAGAUCUAGUCAGUCACUUGUUAAAGGUAUCUGCAUAAUCUGCAUAAUAUAUUGUGCUUUUGUAGGGAAGAAAGUUGAGUUUUAUCCCUUUGCUAGUAGAAUAUAUACAACCCGUUACUUUCGUCGAA